AUGUUAUCGCAUGGGAUUGAACGUAUCCCUCAAUGUUAUUCUGUUAAACUCAAUUCGUUGUUAUCAUUGUUCAUUCGAAUUUGGUCACAAUUCUUUUCACUGUUAUCUGGUUCCCUUUCCAUUCUGGGUUCGCGCGCACAGCCGGUUCCGAUUUUAACAACUCAACGGCCUCCGGAAUUCUGGUGCAACAUAGCUUACUUCGAACUGGACCAACAAGUUGGCGAGCUGUUUAAAGUACCCAGUCAGUACUCUCGUGUAACGGUAGACGGCUACACGGAUCCUUCCAGUCCAAAUCGAUUCUGCCUUGGUCAGCUAUCCAACGUUCACAGAUCAGAACAAUCAGAAAAGUCUCGGUUAUAUAUCGGGAAGGGCGUCGAACUAGAUAAUGUUGGCGAGGGUGAUGUUUGGAUCCGUUGUCUGUCCGAAUUUUCUGUAUUCGUACAAAGCUACUAUCUGGAUCGAGAAGCCGGCCGUCGACCAGGCGAUGCGGUGCAUAAAAUAUAUCCCGGCGCUUAUAUCAAAGUGAGUAUCGGCCAUUCUGGUUUUUGCUAUCCUCUGUCACUAAUAUCGACACCUGAUAAUAUUAGUCUCGUUUCUCUUAUCGAGCUUUUUGUUCAGUGUUAA